AUGGCUAAUGUAGAAAAACUUAAAAAGAAAUUGCAAAAUGCCCUCAAGUUGAGUGGCUUUAACAUAAGAAGGGAAUUUUGUUCUCAAAUAGUAGAAACGUUUCUUGGAGCCCAAGUUGACCUAACUUUGAAUGGUGUUUUUGAUAAUGGCAUAAAGAAAAUCUGUUCGGUAUUGGGAAAUCUAUGCUUAUCUGGUCAAAGUAUAGAGAAAGAACAUAUUGAAAGAGUUUUAGAGGUAUGUUUACAUUCAGGCUACGAUCACAAUGAAACCAUCUUCAACGUCAUCAAUGCCUACGAUUUCCCGCGCUUCUUUUACGACCAAGAGAGAAAAAUUUAUUUACCAGACACCCAAAAAGGCGUCCUCUUACCUGAUGCAGAUGUGAAAUCAAAAAUGUUCAGAGAACGUUACUCAAAAGUUUUACAAAGAACCAAACGGGCUUUUGCACAAACCUUGCUGAAUCCCGAACACAGUCAACUGACAUUACAAACUGUAGAUUAUUUGUUAACUUUAUCAGAAAUUACUUUGGAAAGGACUGUGAUUUUGGGGGCACUGUUACAAGUGGGAGAUGGAAAGUAUGUUUUGGAAGAUCCUACAGGAAUAGUAGAGUUGGAUCUAACACAUGCUAAAUAUCAUCCUGGUUUUUAUGUAGAAUGUUGCCUGGUUCUAGUUAAUGGUUAUUAUGAAGAUAAAAUCUUGCAUGUGUCCACCAUGAUUAUGCCUACAGGUGAAGACUACGCAAAUUCCAGGUCAACAUUUGGAAUUUUAAAUUAUUUUGGCGGACCUUCAACGACCCCUCUCAAAGAUUCCAAAAGAUUGAAAAGCCACAUGCAAAACCAAGAUGGCAUGUUUGUUUUUUUGUCCGACGUUUGGUUGGACCAUCCGCAGACUUUUGAAAAACUCGAGAAACUUUUCGAUCAAAUGGAACAGUUUUUACCGCCAAUAGCUUUUGUGUUUAUGGGAAAUUUUAUGUCAGAGUCGCACGGCAGUGAAAUUAUAAACGAUCUCAAGAAGCAAUUUAAAAGAUUGGGGGAAUUAAUUUCUAAGUAUCAUAUAUUAGUUAAUUCUAGUCAGUUUGUUUUUGUGCCCGGCUUAACUGAUCCUUGUUCGCCGCAUAUUGUACCAAGACCUAGUUUGCCCAAUUUUAUAACUGAAGAAAUGAAGAGAGUGCUACCCAAAGCCAUUUUUGCAACAAAUCCUUGUAGAAUUCAAUAUUGUACCAAAGAGAUUGUUGUAUUUAGGGCAGACAUUUUGGCCAAAUUAUUGCAGGGCACGUUACGUAAACCUUCUAAAGAAGAGACUCCAAAAUGUAUUACAAAAACAAUCAUAGGCCAAGGCCAUUUGUGUCCCCUAAGUUUAAACGCCCUAAAUGUCCAUUGGGAUUACGAUUAUUGUAUGUCGCUCUAUCCUUUACCAGAUCUUGUGGUUAUCGGCGAUAAAUCUGAAGCGUAUAGGGAUCAUUACAAGAACUGCGUUGUUACGAAUCCUGGUCAAUUUUGUAAUGGAGACUUUACAAUGUAUUAUCCUAAUAAUGAUAUAGGAGAAGCUGUGGCCGAAUGUUCUAUCAAUGUUGCUGAUUCUAAUGAAUGAAUGUAGUUUUGUAUUCCAAAAAUAAAUGUUUUCUAUUUUUAAUAAAAAA